AUGGACGGUUACGCACACGCGCGCGGGUUGGGGGUGAACGAAGCGGUGACUCGUGGGAGAGAGCGUGCGUGCGGCUCGGAGCAAAACGAGGAAUGA